UGCCUCAUGCAGCUGCAGAAUACAGAACCAAAUGUUUUGAAGAUCAUCGCAGGAAAGCUGUUUGAUUCGUACACCCUAGAGUUAUUGGAGAACCGAGUUAUCACCGUUAGCGAAGAUUCUGGCAUCAUUCUCGACGUCCAACCGUUCUCUAGCAGUACUCAUGGCCUAAACUUCUCUGACUCUCAAAUUAUAGAUCUGAGACAUUUAACGGUACUCCCCGGUUUCGUGGAUACACAUGUUCACUUCUUCUUGCACCCAUAUUCCGAGACUUCUUGGGAGGAUCAGCUCACCAAGGAGCAUGUUGUGGAGCGCACUGUUAGGGCAACGCAACAUGCAAAAAGGACGCUCAUGGCAGGGUUCACUGCCGUAAGGGACUUAGGCACAGAAGGCGCGGGUGAGGCUGAUAUCGCACUUCGCAAGUGCCUCUCCAAUCCUGGUGCUCUCAUCCCCGGACCGAGGUAUUUUUGUGCCACGAGGGCUAUCGUUUCUACUGGAAGUUACGGCCCUAAAAGUGUCAUUCAUGUGAACAGAGAAGGCAUUGAAGGUAUCACUGGCGCUGAGGCUGCGGACGGACGCGACGAAUGUAUGAAGGUGGUUCGCAGGCAGGUUGGUGCGGGCGCGGAUUGGAUUAAGAUUUACGCAGAUUACCGUGUUCGUUCUAGAGUGAUCAAUGUGUCGUCACCCGCGGGGAAAGAAUCAAUCUGUACGUUCACGUCUGACGAACUGAAGACGAUGAUAGAUACGGCCCACCGAUAUGGUGUCAAGGUUGCCGCACAUGCAACUAACAAGGACACUAUCACGGAACUUCUACGCCACUCUGUGGAUUCCAUCGAACACGGGUACGAUAUGGCCUCAUACGAUCCUGAUCACACUGAUAAGUCACUCGACGAACCGCUCCGAACCUGUUCGCAGUCGCGUGUAAAGUGGUGUCCAACUUUGGCGGCCUACUUCACCUUAGGACAAGGGCAUGGUGAGACUUGGGAGCACGCGGUUCAGUCGUUCAAAGCUGCCCUCGCGUGUGGCAUGGAUAAUA